CAUCAAAAAUUAUUGAAAUUUCAAAAAAAAAUUUCAGGAGUGGGUUUGUUGAUUAUAGUAAUUCUGGUAGCGUUUGAUAUGGUGAUGUGCUGGUAUUCGUUUCCGGAACUUGUUUUUCCACUGUAUAUUUUUCCAAUGCUAAUUGCCGGAUGUUCGACGCAUGCCACAAUUGCUCAUCUGCACAAGAAGCUUAAUGCAGAAAUGGUGCAUUUUGAUGGUGUUUUGCUACUUUUUGCAAUUUUACUAGCAUAUUCUACAUAUCUGGGUAUUGCGAGUGCUUUUUUCUUGCUUAUUCACGCAUUCUUCCCCUUACUUCGCGAUCCACUCAUCUAUUUGUUGGGAAAAAUGGGACUAAUUACAAGGGUAACACCUCGUUGCUUACUCUUCACGCAGUUAUUAUGCACGGUACCAGUAAUGGUAUUUGAUGCCUACGCAGCUAUGUUACUCUUUGAUUUCUUCGUUCCCGUUACCGGACGUAUGGGUGUAUCAAUUAAUCCGGAAUAUGUUAUGAUGCCGUUGAGUCUAUUUGUGGCCCUCUCGUUCGUUCUUUACACGAGUAAUCUGUUCUACGUGAGCCGUCGAAUGGAUUAUCCGAUGAAAUGUGGCUCCCUGCUUUAUUGUCUAUUUUUUCUCUCAUUAUUAACCACAAGACUUGGCUGGCCGUACAAGUACUCGGACGAGAGCCCUCGUUUAAGACGACUGAUUACUCUGGACACCGAACGUUCCAUUUAUCCAUUCAGAAGCAGUAGUCCAGUUCGUGAACAUGCAUUAUUCGUGCAAACCCUAGAUUAUCGUGGAAUCAACGAUUUACCAGAGCACACCUUUUUAACAGGAAAUAAUGAACCAAACUGUAGUGAUACGAAAGAUGAAUAUUGCCGUCUUCCAUAUUAUACAGCUAUUCAUCAAAUGUUCCCACCACGAGAAUCACGUUGGAUUCCGUUACCAAAUCAUCCACGAAUAACCAAACCGAUAAGCGUUGUAAACACCGAAAAACUUGUGCUAUCAAAAUCAGAAGUGCGAAUGAAUUUCACAAUAUUUGGUGGUGUCGAUAAAAUGUCACUGCAUUUGACACCGCUCAGUGGUUUCGUCGUGAGCAGUUGGUCGUUCACAAAUUUUGAGCCAAGCACAUUCGGCAAGCGAAAUACCUACUUUGUAUUUCUUACAGAAUCACGUUGGAUUCCGUUGCCAAAUCAUCCGCGAAUAACCAAACCGAUAAGCGCUGUAAACACCGAAAAGCUUGUACUAUCAAAAUCAGAAGUGCGAAUGAAUUUCACAAUAUUUGGUGGUGUCGAUAAAAUGUCACUGCAUUUGACACCGCUCAGUGGUUUCCUCGUGAGCAGUUGGUCAUUCACAAAUUUUGAGCCAAGCACAUUCGGCAAGCGAAAUACCUACUUUGUAUUUCUUACUUAUGGUGCUGAAGCUCCCGAGCAUCGAGCAUUCUGGAUUAUCCUAAGGAAGAUUAACAGCGAUGGUAUUAAUGAAGAGGAUCUCGAUGAAACACCUCUUUUAGAAAUAUCAGUGGCAACUCACUACGCUCAUGGUCCACAUCAGUAUUCCGAAACCCUUUCGCAGCUACGAUCUCUGAUCACAUCACGUCGAAAAACUCCACAUUUAGCGGUCGGUUGGUGGAAAUGGGCAAUUACAACAAUUGCUGGAGUUGCCGAAAUUGUUAUGAACAGCGAUGGUGUUAAUGAGGGGGAUCUCGACGAAACACCUCUUUUAGAAAUAUCAGUGGCAACUCACUAUGCUCAUGGUCCUCAUCAGUAUUCCGAAACCCUUUCACAACUACGAUCUCUGAUCACAUCACGUCGAAAAACUCCACAUUUAGCGGUCGGAAAGUAA